AUGUCGGAAGCGCUCGGGCCGGUCGCGCAGCGCGCGUUCGCCGGCGAGGCGGAGGCCCAGUUCCAAUUCGGCGAGGCGUACAUGCGCUCGCCUUCGGCCGUGGACCGGCUCCAUCUAGUCGGCCAGGCGGCGAACGAGCCGAACGAACCGGAGGCCUCGCGCUUGUUCGCCCAGGCGGCGGCGCAGGGCCACGCGGGCGCCCAGUACGCCCUCGGGCGCCUCUGCGAGGACCGCGGCGCCGACGCCGAGGCCGCGCGCUGGUUCGAGCGCGCGGCGGACGGCGGCCACGAGAUCGCCCGCGAGUGGCGCGCCCGGCGCGCGACGCGCGUCUGCGCGAACUGCGGCGCCUACGACAAGAGCAACAAGCAGUGCGCCGGGUGCCUGACCGUCGCGUUCUGCGGCGCCGAGUGCCAGCGCGACUUCUGGCCGCGGCACAAGGCGACGUGCAAGGCGCUCCGCGCGGCGAAGGCGGAGGCCGCGCGCGCCGAGCGCGCCGCCGCCGACGCGGACGCGGCGGUCCUCGAGAGCGGCGCGGACACGAUCAGCGACACCUCGGUCUUUUGUCGGAUCACGCCGAAUAAAGUUUCGGACGACGCGCACAGCCGCUUCCAGUACCAGAAGAUGCUCGGCGACCGCCACUUCAAGGACGGCGACCUCGCCGGGGCCCUCGCGCACUACUCGAACGCCGUCGGCAUCUGGGACGGCGAGGUCGCGGAGGCGCACCGCUCCGCGAACAAGAGCGUCAUGGCCGCGUGCCUGUCCAACCGGUCCCUGGUCCAGCACAAGAAAGCGGACCACGAGGCCGCGCUCGCGGACGCCGAGCGGGCGCUCGACGUCGACGCGACCUUCGCGAAGGCGCACCUGCGCGCGGCCGCCGCGCUCGACGCGCUCGGCCGCGGCGACGACGCGGCCGAGCGGCGGCGCGCGGCGGCGCGCCUCGUCGCCGCGGAGAAGCGCGCGAAGGCGGAGCGGCCGCGCGUCGCGGCGCUCGGCGGCGCGGCGGACCGCGACGACGACGCCUUCGCGGACCUGACGGACGGGCGCGACCCCCUGGACGUGGCGAUCGGCAAGCUCGCGAAAUCGCACCGCACGACGUUCGGCGCGCCGUACGACUUCGUCGUCGACAUGCUCAAGAGCGUCGACGACCGAGCCCUCGCGCGCGCCGUCAAGGUGAUCGCGCUCGAAGGGCAGCUGCUCCGUCGGGCCGUCAAGUGCCGGCAGAAGGGAGACCAGCAGACGUCCGUCGCCUGCGAGCUCUGCGUCGCCGCCGCCGACCUCCGCCUCGCGCGGCACGGACGCGCCCCGCACGUGGUGCUGAACGACUGGUACGACGCCGGCAGGUGCUACAAAAACGCAAAGGAAAUUCUAUACGACAUCCUCAAUCGAGCAGACACCAUGGACAGGUCCCUCGCGUUGCGCGCAUACGAGCUCGGGUGCGGCGAGCCGCAGCUCGAUCCGCACGGCGAUUUCCACUUUAACGUCGGGCUGCACUGCCGGAAUCAUGACCGCUGGACCGACGCGGCCGCCCUCUGGGGGAUCUCCUGCGACCGGGGCAACGGCGACGCCAUGGGCGAGCUCAGCCCAAGCAUGGGCCUCUUCCAAUCCAAGGAGGGCGACACGCUGGACGGCAAAUUUACGACGGCCGCCGCGCUCAAGGCCAAGGUCAAGGCGGAUCACAACUGCAAGCGGCGCUGGAAGGACCUGCCGGUGCCCCCCUUCUUCAACGACGAGGCGGCCGAGGCGUUCGAGGCGCUCGAGACGCGCGCCGACGACGUGAUCCUCGCGUCGCCCAUGAAGGCGGGCACGACGUGGGUCCACAAAAUUCUCGCGCUCAUGCUCCACGGCCUCGACGACGCGGGCGAACCGAUCGAGCCGUCGUCGGACAUGCUCCGGCGCGUGCUCAAGGGCAACAUGCGCGCCGCGGCGCCCGCAGCGCGUCCCGCGCGCGAGCGCCUCCCGCCCGGUCGCUCCUACCCCGACGCGCUGCCCAUGACGACGCCGUGGUUCCCCUCGUUCAUGGGCGGCUUCCUCUCCUACGCGGACCUCGUCGCUUUGCCGGAGCCGCGCCUGUUCACGACGCACUUCCCGGGGCGGCACCUGCCGGCGACGCUCACGGACCCGGAGCACGGCCAGGGCCGGCUGGUUUUGGUGCUUCGCAACCCCAAGGACAUGUGCGCGUCCCUGCACUUCUUCCGCGGCGAGGCGAAGGACGGCUGGCUCGGCAACGAGCACGGGCCGGGCUCCAUCGCGCGCUUCUGCGCGCCCGACAGCCCGAACCCCUACGGCUCCUUCUUCACCUACGUCAACGAGGCGGAGCGCGUCGCCGCGCCGCUCAUCGCGAAGGACCGCUGCCUCGUGGUCUACUACGAGCGCCUCAAGCUCGACCUGCACGCGGAGCUCGAGCGCAUCGCCGCGUUCCUGCGGUGCCCGCUGCCGCCCGCGAAGCGCGACGCGCUCGCGGCCGCCGUCUCCUUCUCGUCCAUGGCCGGCAACCACAUGGCCACGCGCAAGGGCGAGAUCGGCGACUGGAAGAACCACCUCACCGACGCCGAGUGGGCCCCCGUCGACGAGGCCGUCGCCGCGCGGCUCGCGGACAGCAAGCUCUACGAGCCCCUCGCCGAGUACGCCCGCCGGUGA